UAUUAGAACAUGUGAUUUCAAUUUAAAAAAUGCACUUGAUCAUUACAUAAAAAUGAAACCACCGUUAACCAUAGAAGAUUCCACCAACUGGUGGAAUUUUUGGAAGCAGAUUACAGUAGAACCUGUAAUAACACUCUAUAUGCUAGCAUUUAUGAUAACAACAGUGGUUGAACAAUCAUUUUUUGUAAAUAAAGCAUGCCGAGUCGAUCAUAAUUUCAAUGAAACUAUUUGUAACAAUAUACAUAAGCCAGAAAAUAAAAAUUUUAGCGAUCAAGUUCAAGUAACCGUUUCUACAUUCCAUCAAUGGAACAAUCUAUUAGGACAUAUCAUUCCAAUAAUACUAGCUCUGUUUAUUGGAGCUUGGUCUGAUCGUCGUGGACGUAAAUUGCCACUAAUAAUUGGUUUAUGUGGAAAAUUAUUUUACUCGUGUAUGAUAAUUGUUAAUUCUUUACAACCAACAUGGCCAUUGAACUACGUAAUAUAUACUGCUACUUUACCAAGUACUAUAACAGGUAUAGAUGUAACAAUCUUCGCAGCGGGAUUAAGUUAUUUAUCAGAUGUUACCCAAACUGAAAAACGUACUUUAAGAAUAACUAUUCUUGACAUUUGCUACUUAAGCACAAUGCCAUCUGGAAUUGCACUAGGACGUUAUUUAUUCUCAGAUGUUACAAAUCGUUCCUACAGUAUUUUAUUUGGGAUAAAUGCUUCACUAGUAAUGAUUGCAAUUUUAUAUGCAUUUUGGAUUUUAAAAUGGACAACAACAGAUAGGCAACAAACAAUGUGCGAAGCAAAAGUAAAUGUGUUUGUUGACUUUUUUGAUAAAGACCAUGUUGUUAAAACUUACAGAAGCAUUACAAAGUGGCGGCCAGAAAAUCGCCGAAUGUAUUUAAUCCUUAUUAUAAUAGUUAUGAUGUUUUAUACGUUUCAAAGAGAUGAAAAAGAAUAUACGUAUCUUUUUUUUACAAAAGAAUCAAACUGGAGUGAUAAUAAAUACAGUAAUUUUCGCACAUUUCAAAGUUGUUUUUAUGUACUUACAAUGCUAAUUGCAGCUCCGAUUAUGAAUAAAGUUCUGGGUUUACGAGAUACAAUUAUUAUAAUGUUUGGAUCAUUUUCACAUAUGUUAUGUCGUAUCAUUUUUAUUUUUGGUCAUACAAAUUGGUUGUAUUAUCUAGGUGCAGUAAUAUCAUCCUUAGGACCAAUUGUUGCCCCAGCAUUACGAUCUAUGACGUCCAAAAUUGUUUCUAUGCCUGAAAGAGGUCGGGUUAUGUCCAUUUUAUCCGUUGCUGAAAAUGCUGCACCAUUUAUUUCCGGGGUAUUGUACACACAAGUUUAUAAUGCAACUAUUUCAACCUACCCUCAAGGAAUAUUCUGGUUAACCAUUGCAACACAAAUAUUUGUUUUUAUUUCUAUUUUAUUCAUUCACCUAAGAACAGAUAAUGCGAUGUUAAUACAUGAAGAAGUAAAUGAAUCUCAAGUCUGUUGUAUCGAAAGUUCAAGUGAUAAUGUGAGAACGUAAAAUUUUUGUAAUUAGUUAUUAGUACAAAUUGUUAUUUUUUAAUAAAAG